AUGGCCCGACCUUUGAGUAGCACAGCUGCUCGCAUUGCGCGCUCAGUACAGUCCAGCAGCAGAAGGACGUACGCUUCACAUCCGGCAAAUGCACGGCUGAACAUACCAACCGAUUAUGGAACAACACCUCUACUGAGCCAUACUUCGAAGGCAGCACUCGCAAACCCUGAACUUUCACAAGAAGCCAAAAAUGGCACAACAUCACGCAUCAAUCUUUUCUCGGCCAUCAACGCUGCAAUGGCUCAUGCUUUACGUUCUGACGAUCGUGUGCUCCUUUUUGGAGAAGAUGUCGCUUUCGGUGGAGUAUUCCGCUGCUCCAUGAAUUUAGCGUCUGAAUUUGGUGAAGCUCGUGUCUUCAAUACUCCUCUUUCAGAGCAAGGAAUCGUGGGCUUUGCCAUUGGAGCUGCUGUUGAGGGCAUGCGACCCAUUGCCGAGAUUCAGUUCGCCGACUAUGUUUUCCCAGCAUUCGACCAGAUUGUUAACGAGGCCGCGAAAAUACGAUAUCGAGCUGGGAGCAAUGCCGGAAUGGAUUGCGGGGGCAUGGUGAUCAGAAUGCCAGCUGGUGGUGUUGGACAUGGCGCAUUGUACCACUCUCAAAGUCCAGAAAGUCUGUUCACUCAUGUACCAGGUAUGAGGGUUGUGAUACCCAGAAGUCCGGUGCAAGCAAAAGGAUUAUUACUCGCCUCCAUCGAGAGUCCGGAUCCAGUCAUAUUCAUGGAGCCGAAGAUACUGUAUCGUGCCGCCGUUGAACAUGUGCCAUCAGAAGCAUAUACUCUGCCUCUGAGCAAGGCAGAAAUACUUAAGGAGGGGAAGGAUGUUACCAUCAUAUCUUAUGGAACACCUCUAUAUACCUGCCAAUCCGCAAUCACGGCCGCGGAGAAGGAUUUGAAAUGCUCGAUUGAGCUGAUUGAUCUUCGAACCGUCUAUCCUUGGGAUCGCGAAGCAGUCAGCAAGUCAGUCAACAAGACCGGUCGCGCCAUUGUCGUCCAUGAGAGUAUGGUGAAUGCUGGAGUCGGCGCAGAGGUCGCCGCUACGAUACAGGACAAGUGCUUUUUGAGGCUGGAAGCGCCGGUGCAGAGAGUCGCGGGCUGGUCUACUCAUCCUGGUCUUGGUUACGAGAGGUUCAACAUACCGGAUGUCACACGCAUUUAUGACACGAUCAAGUCGGUAUUAGACUACUAG